AUGACGUCUCGAAAGGUAGCCAAAGUACACCCAUUCUUCACCAAACCUAGCGCGGACUCUACAGCGUCCUCAUUCCAAUGGCUGAAACCUGCUCUAGGCCCGAAGCGCACGUGUCUGCACGGAAUCAAUCUGAUACCACAAAGCACACCGAAAGUAGCUGCAUUCGACCUCGAUGGAACAGUGAUCAAGUCAAACCACAAAAAUCGAAGCAAAGAAGCCGCAUUGCACUGGGAGUGGUGGAGAGCUAGUGUGCCUGUGAAGUUGGAGGAAUUACAUCAAGAAGGAUACUCGAUCAUAUUGAUAUCCAAUCAAGCAUUAAAGCAACAACAUCUGGAUGGCUGGAAGAAGAAAAUUCCUCUCAUCUCUGCCGCUCUUCCUGGCGUACCUUUUCGAAUAUUAGCUGCGUCUGCCAAAGAUGGCUUCCGUAAACCCAUGCCAGGGAUGUGGGAUGAGCUCGAACGUAUUUUCGCAGAAGAUGGUGUUCGGAUAGAUAAUAACGCUUCAUUCUUUGUUGGAGAUGCUGCGGGUCGCACAAAUGACUUUGCAUCAACUGACAGGAAAUGGGCGAUUAACAUUGAUAUUUCAUUUUAUACCCCAGAAGAAUAUUUUCUCCAGCUGCCCUCAGCGCCGUAUACCCUUCCUGGAUUCCAUGUUUCUAGUCUCCCGAAAUUACCGUUACUUGACCCUCCUAUGGCACAAAUCAUUCCUGAUGCUGCAGGGACAGAGCUAGUCGUAUUCUCGGGCUUUCCAUGCCUCGGAAAAUCGACUUUUUUCCGGAGGCAUUUCGCGCCUGCUGGGUACACCCACAUCAACCAAGAUACAUUGGGCAGUCGUUCCAAAUGCAUGAAAGCAGCUGAAGUGGCACUCAAAGCCGGUACAAGCUGUGUAGUUGACAAUACCAAUAGAGACAUUUCAACUAGAAAACAUUAUUUGGAUCUCGCGAAGAAACUUCAGAUUCCUGUUCGGCGAGUAUUUUUGCUUACUUACGUCUACAGGAACGUGACGCUUUGCAUCAGAUGUAUCGAGUUCGUUGGUUCAAUGGAUCUGGCAUGGCACAAUAACCUCUACCGUGCAUAUGUUCAUCCUUCAAUAGAGUCGAGACGCGACAUAAUACCAUACGUUGCUUUCAUAGGCUUCAAGAACCACUACGAGGAGCCCCAACUGACAGAGGGCUUUUCAGAAAUAAUAAAGGUUAAUUGGGUGUUCGAAGGUUCUGAGGAAGAACGAAAGAGGUGGAGUAUGUGGCUUCAGAUUGACGGGAAAUGA